CCCUAAAGAUUCAAAAAUCCCCAUAAACAACACCAGCACCUUCCAAAAAUUUUCAUUCGAAAAAAAUAAAAGCUCUGGAAACCAAAAUCAUCAAUCGAAAAUCCAGAUUCAACCCAUUUUCGAGCUCUUUCCAGCAAGCCAGAAGGUCAAAAAUGGUGUACAGUUACACCCCAACAUACUACUCCACUCUCCACGAUUCCAUCACCUCUAUCUGCAAACAGAUCCUCCCUUUUUCUUUCAAGAAGAAGAGGUUACCAGCUGCUGAACUCAGGCUUUCCAAGCUUCAAUCUGAUAAUCUAAAAUGGCAGCAGGAAUCGUUUCACCAGAUAUUGAACCUCAUGGGACUGCAUAAAGAAGGGAUUUUGGGUGAAGCUGAAGUUACUGCUUUUAGAACUCAUUUGCUCGAGACCCUUAUCGCUUCUCCGACAGAACUCGAACAGCCAGUUAUAUUGCGAGAUAAAUUGCUCUUCUUACAGGAACUGCUUUAUGCGAAAUGCAUAUCGGAGGAGGAGUACCAUUCUUCGAAAAGGCCUUUGUUGCAGCGGUUAGCUGUACAAGGGGGUGAGAUUGAGUCCAGAGAUGUAAUCGUCUCAAAUCCGAAAGAUUCGAGAGAGGAUCGAGAAGAAGAGUGGUCUGUUAUCGACUUGAAGGACGAGAAUUGCAGUGGUAACAGUGGCGGUGUAUUGCAUUCCAAGAAUAAAUCGAAGAUCAAAGGAGCAGCCUCGGUUUUCGGGUUGGGAUCGUCUCAGAAGCCAUGUAAAAGCAGAUCAGAGAAGAGCAUAUUCGAUGUGACUGGUUCGAAACCAUCUGCCUUUAUGGUGAGUUCUAUGGAAAACCCUUUUUGGGAUGGUCAUUUGAAGGGUAAGGAUAGCGAAACAAAAUCAAUUCUAAUGCAAGAAGAAACAUUCCCAAUGGAACCAAUGAAGGGAAAUGGUAGUGGAACUGAUAAGGCAAAGAGAAUGCCAUUUAAAACCCUCUUUCAUAGGGAGCAAAGAGAGGGGCAUGGUGGUGGAGGUGGUGAUAAUGGCUAUGGUUCAGAGGAGAAACCAUCAAAAUCAGCAAAGAAACAAUGGGGUUUAGAUGGAUUCAAGAAAUGGAGGAGAAAUGAUUCGGAGGACGAGACUGCUCCUUUGCCUCUGAACGAAAGAUCGGAUAGUGAAGCUUUCACGGGAUCAUGUCAUCUUGUUUCAUCUCCGAUCGGAGAGGGGCCGGACACAAAACAGAUAAAGAGGAAGUUGCUUGCAGAUGGAGCUCCAUCAGAUUUCUUCAUUGAUAAAGUCUUGGGAGACAAAAUAAAGAAGGAACUAUCACGGAUUCAAGCAGAGCUCUCCACAACCAACCCGAAUCUUAAGUUUUCGAAUGAUCAAAUUGAAGCAAUUUCCACAACUCUUCCUGUGGACAAGACUGACCUAAAAAAGUUCUUCCCCAAGUCAUGGUGUGAUAGAUAUGGAGAAGUUGUACUGGAUGUUGUGAAGAAAGAAUUCAAGGAGCAUGUAGGGGAGAUGGAGAAUAUGAGAAAUGUUACCAGACAGAAGCAGAAGAACAACUCAAUGCGAUGGACAACUUUUGAUGAUGAUAAUGAGAACUGUCACCCGAAUCUCUUUGACAGUAACACUAGUGGUGGCACCACCAAGGGCUUUAAAAAUUAUCCAGAAUCAGAUUUCUUCCAAGAUCAGAAAGCCUUUUGGAACCAAAGGCAUGGCCCUUUGCUGGAUUAGGUGAAAAACCAACCGAGCAAGUGCCGUGUUAUACCAUUUAUUUGCAUUAUCUUGUUUUACUAUUUAGACAUUUGCAACCAUUUCUAAAGUUUUUAAGAUGUACCAAUGCAUGAACUGUUAUAGAAGAACUCUGUUCUUCUUUGUAAUCUGUAGUGUUUAUGUAUCUAACUGCAGAUCUUCAUGCAUUCCU